GAUGUUUUAUUUCUCUUACUGUCAACAAUCGAUUUAAAAUGUUACGGAUUAUACCAAAUUUAAAGUAUUGGCCCUGUGUGCCAAAGCUAAAAUCCUUUUUGGCUCAACAACGUACAUGCAGCAAUGGGAAAAUGGCAACCACACUGGUGGACAAGCCAGCUGAAGUUGCCGUACCGGAUUUUGCGCAGCAGCUGCAGCCCAAGUCCAUAGUGGAGCUUCGUGAAGAUCUCUUCUACAACAGCGCCACCAAGUGGACAACACGGGAAUAUUUGCAGGGCAAACUGGAGGGCAGCGCAGUGCUGGAGCCGGAAGAGGUGAAUCAACAUCGCCUGGCGGUAAUGCAGCAUCUGAGCAAUCAACAAAGGAAUCGCUGCUACUCACACAUACUUGUGCUGCUGGGUGCGGAUGCUACAGCCGAGCGGCUGCCCUUUCGCCAGCAUAGUGAUCUACUUUACCUCUGCGACUGUCUCAUGCCGGGCGUAGUGCUCGUGCUGUUGCGCAAUCGCAAGCGUGAGCUGUGCUCGCUGCUCUUUGAGCCUGGUGAAGAGCAGGACUAUGAUGAGCGACUGGCAAAGCACGCCUGCAAACGCUACAAUGUGGAUGAAGUGCUACCCAUGGCACGACUGCGUGGCACGCUGAUCAAGCUGCUCAAUCAUUCCAGCUCCAAGCUCUGGCACAAAAAAGAGUCCACAGCGCUGAGUCAACUCGUCAGCGAAGUAGCCGAGGAGCUUAAUUUAAUACUCAACUGUCCCAGCAAUGCGCUGCAAUACACGCGAAGCCUGAAGACGCCCAAGGAAAUGGAAGCCAUGCGAUUGUCCAGCUCCAUAGCAGCACAGUCCUUGCAGGAGCUGCUUGAGGAUAAGCAGGAGCACAAUGGUAGUCAACUGGCCGCAUUGUAUGCCUACAAGUGCCAGCAACGUUCCCACUAUCAACCACUGCCGUUUGAGCCCAAAGUCUUUAGGAGCUUUGGCGGCACUUGGCUAAUGGGCGUGAGCUCCCAGCAUGCCGGCUACUGCAGCUGCCUGGCCAGAAGCUGGCCCCAGCGGGGUCAGUUCAGCAACUCGCAGCAGCUUAUCUAUAGCCUGCUGUUUGAUUUACGCACCCAGCUGUGCCGCAUGAUCUGUGGCAAUGCCAGCGGCACGGGCUGCACGCCUUUGGAACUGCAGUCCAAGUAUAUAGAGUUGCUGGCCGGCAAGCUUUGGCAGCUGCGAGUUUUGUCGCCUAUGGUGGGCACGCGUGCACAGAAUUUGGAGAUUGCAAGCCAGUUUAGCGCCUUCUCCACGCUGAUCACGCAUGCGGGCUUGGAUCUAGCGCCUUGCAGUCAGCAUCUGAUGCAGUGCCCCUUGAUGCCUGGCAAUGUAUUCUAUCUGCAAAUGUCCGUAUGCAUACCCAACGACUGUCGACAUGUUUAUCCAGAGUUUCGAGGUGUGCUCUGUACUCUUGGCGACUGCUGGCACAUAACGGAGCAGUUCGAACUGGAACUGCUCACCUCCGACUGUAGCUCCAACCGCCGUGACGUGGAACAGUUCCGUAGCUACAACAACUCGGAUGUCAAGCGUGUCGCACAAUCAGUAAAUUAAUUAAGAGCUAAGCUUUCCAGUUGAGCAGGUUCGUUUAGGGAAGCAACAAUUUUAUAGCACUGAGUACGAAAAAUUUUAUGUUGAUAACAAAAUUGUGAUAAGGUGAUUCAUUAUUAGACAACUAUGGACGUAUUUUUGGUUAUUUCUCUUCAAGCACUUAGAAUUCGCUGUAGUAAACGCUAAGCAAAUAAAUGCAUUUUUCAAUGUUU